GUAUGUCCGAUUUAUCAAAGAAAAUUUCUCUUACACGAGCAAUUUCUUCGAUGCGCCAAUUAUUCCCGCACGAAUAUCAAUUUUAUCCAUCAAGCUGGUUUAUUCCGGCUCAAUUUGACGCAUUUGUUGAGCACUGCAACAGCUCAAGGCAUACUGCUUGGUAUAUUGUUAAACCAGAUGAUGGUGCUCAGGGAACAGGAAUUUAUUUAAUACAAAAUCCUGGUCAAAUCAAGGAACCCGGUGCAAGACAGCUUAUUCAGGAAUAUAUUACUGAUCCGUACUUAAUGGGUGACAAUCUAAAAUUUGACUUUCGUGUUUAUGCUGUUAUCAAAAGCAUCAAUCCACUAUCCAUUUAUGCAGCGCAUGAAGGUAUGGCUCGUUUUUGCACAGAAAGAUAUGAGCGGCCGACAACAUCGAAUUUCGGAAAUUUAUAUGCUCAUUUAACAAAUUAUUCAUUAAAUAAAGAAAAUGAUGCUUACAUCCACAGUUCAUCGCUGGAUGAUCAGAUGAAAGGAAGUAAACGAUUGCUCACUACUGUUUUUCAUCAGAUGGAAUCACGAGGCGUGAAAACGAAGUAUCUGUGGCACAAAAUUAAACUAAUUAUCAUAAUGGGUUUUGAUAUCUUGGUAAAAAAAGAUUUAGAACCUGUGUUACUGGAAGUAAAUUCGGCACCAAGCUUAACAAUCGAGCACUAUCUUUCAAGCAAUCCUCCAGAUGAAGAUGCAGAAAACAACGAAUUACUGAGAGUUCGCUCGGUUGUCGAUGAGAUUUUUCCGUGCCGUUAUGGACAUAGCAGUGGACAUCUGUUAUUCCUCGAUAAAGUUGCAUAUUUGUUUAUGCAGUUCGUCAAUUUGAAACAAACCACCGUUAUGACAAUUUCUGGCGCACGCACAUUUCUGAAGCAAGUUUUUGAGGGUAAUAGGACAUCCGUCCUGUUCAAAAGAUAA